AUGGGUGCCGCGCUAUCUUCAGUAAUCCAAUCAAGGGCCAACAAGUCAAUUCUGCAGGCUGAUCCUAGGAAUUUCUUCCUCCACUCGAUCUAUGAGCCAUACCGUGAUCUUCGACACCUACAUACCAGAGAACUGGAACUCCACUUGGAGUGGUACCAUAUACAAGACCGCGCAAACACACCCCCAGCAGCAGCUCCGCCCUACUCAGAAGCGGAGCUUUCAGCGUUGAAGCUAUGGAGACAGCAAGUCGAUCGCCGAAUAAGGAAGCGGAUAUCCAGUUACAACGUUAGCACAUGCAUCCCGGAAGGCACAAGCAAAACGACAUCCGCGUCACGGCCACUGGGUCGCUCAGAGCAUCAAGUGUUUCAAAUUCCCGAGCUCCUAGACCUGAUACUGCAGCUCUCGGGCCCACCAGCUCAAGUCCGGGCACUGCAGAUCUCGGAUGCCUGGCGAUCCUCUGCAAUAUGUGUUAUUACAAGCCGCCGCAACCAGGAGGCGUUUCGUUCGAUAUCGACAUCUCCGGCCAUUGAGUACGGACAAGUUAUUGACCAAGCUGCUUACCUUCUACCAAGACUCUGUGAACGUCAGAUCGAACAGUUCGCGCUUCAUAUCAACCGUAUGAUUAGUUGGCGGAACAAGUCGUAUUUCCCGAGAUACAUCUAUUUUCCAGCAAGGAUAGCGCAACUGGGUGAUCUGCCGAAUUCGGUUGCAAGCACUCUCAACGAAUUCGAUGUUAGCCAGGCCAACUACGAAUACCACGAUAGCACGGUCUCUGUAUCUCGCGAUACGGAGCUCUAUUGGCUGGACUUGACACAACUCCAGGUCAAUCCCUACUUCGACCUCUUGUUUUCGGAGAAGGGCCGUUUCCUGCAUCGCCUCGGUAGAUGGGAGAUUAGUCUACGUCCUAACGCGACACCCGGCCAUCUUGUUCUGGGUGCCUCACCGUCAGAGAGGUUACUAGUACAAGCUAUCGGAUCAACGCAUAUCACAAACCCGCCUUGUCGAUGCUUGGGCAUUUACUGUUACGAUGCCAGCGGAUUGUCAGCGUGGGGCACACAUGCGCUAUUGAAGAGAAUCCGUAACAACGACGGCAUACGCGUCAACGAACUUCUUGAUGCGCUUGAUGACUGCGCACCGAAAUUACUAGGAAAGUGGGCGGAGAGCGCCGAGGGGCUUCGCAACAGGGUCACUGAAAAGGGUCAUUGGAUCGACAACGUGUGGCGGAUGCCUGGCACGCCCAGAUUUCGCAUUCAUCUAGACAGCUACGAUAUGUCGGACGACAUACUUCACAUCGAAAACGCCAAUACAGCAACGAUGGACGGAAUUGGACACCCGGCAGCUCCCACGUCCCUAGGAUACCAAUUUCACAUCACCCGCACCGCCUAUAUGUCCGCGGAGCCACCCAGAGCAACGACAGAGGGCGAAUGGCUCCCUGAAGAGCUUUUCGAGCCUAUGAAGACUGAGACUGGACGAUCGAAUGUUGAUUGGGAGGUGUGA